AUGACAUUAAAUGAACUGGAAAAAUUAUUUCAACAAUAUGGUCGUAUUAUAACUUCACGUAUAUUGUAUGAUAAUAAAACUGGUUUAUCACGUGGUAUUGCAUUUAUACGCUUUAAUCAACGUUAUGAAGCUGAAUUAGCUAUACACUGUUUAAAUGGUUAUCAAUUACCAUUAAAGAAUAAAUUAUCUGAACCAAUCACAGUGAAAUUUGCUAAUUCAAUUCAACAUAAUAAUCUAUUCAAACAAGCUGUACAAUUACAGUCUAUUGCUGGUUCUAUUAUUACACCAUCAUCAUGUAAUGCUAUAGCAGCUAGUGUUGCUACUGCUGUUGCUGCUGCCUUCGGCUUCUUCAAUCCUUUACAACAAAUAGCAUCAAUAUCGAAUCGAUUAACAGGUUGUUAUAGUGUAUCAUCAAAUUCAACAGGUAUAGAUUCUUUUCCAUCAAUGCCUAAUACUACAUCAAUUAUUAAUCCAUUAUUAGCACCAAUGAUAGCAGCUAGUUAUGGUGCAUUAACAUUGAAUGGAUGGUGUAUAUUUGUGUAUAAUUUACCACAAGAAAUAGAAGAAGCUAAUUUAUGGCAAUUAUUUGGUCCUUUCGGUGCUGUACAAACUGUUAAAAUAAUACGUGAUACAAUGAAUAAUAAUAAUAAUAAUAAUAAUCAAUGUAAAGGUUAUGGUUUUGUUACAAUGAGUAAUUAUGAAGAAGCUUUAUCAGCAAUACAUUCAUUAAAUGGAUUUGUAUUAGGUAAUCGAGUAUUACAAGUAUCAUUUAAAACAACAUCGAAUCAUAAAUUGAGAUCAUCAUCAUUAUCAAAUACGCCACCACCACCACCUUCAUCAAUACCACCAGUGUUAUCACAGUCAGAAUUGAACACUUCACUUCCUCAACACUCUUCAAUAAUAAAUACAAAAAAUCACUUGAAUUCAAAUGAUAUCUCAUUAAAUUAUAUAAAGAAUUCAGUAUCUAAUUGCAGUACUAGACAACAAACCUCCUUGUCGUCAUCAUCAUCAUCUACAUCAUGUCAACAAAAGUAUCGUUCAAAUUCAUUGCAACCAAAGUAUACAGAAUCACAAAAGAUAUCCUUACUAGUUCAAUAUCCUACUACUACUACUACUACUACUACUACUACUACUACUACUACUACUACUACUACUAAUAAUAAUAAUAAUAAUAAUAAUAAUAAUAAUAAUAAUAAGACUGUUCAAUUGUCAAUGGGUUGUUUAAAUAAUGCGGAUAUGAAUGAUACCAGUAGACAUUUAAAACCAGCACCAAAUACUACUACUACUACUACUACUACUACUACUACUUUCAAUAAUAAUAACAAUACAACUAAUUAUCAUCGGACAAUCACAGAAUUAACUGAUUCUUUUUCUGGUGCUUUAUCAAUUCAGUCAAGAAAGAAUAAUUCAAUUCUCUUUCCUUCAAAAAAGUUUAGAAAUAUUAAAAGAAAAAAUUUGUUUUAUUAAAAAUUCUGGAAAAUAUAAAGAAACAUCAUCCAUAUGGUAUAAUAAUGAAAAGAAUUUCGACUGAUUUGAAGGUAAAUAGACAAAUUUUACUCCAUCCCGCCUCUCUUCCACUACACGCAUCUACAAUUAUCACGUCAUAUAUAUAUAUAUAUAUAUAUAUAUAUAUAUAUAUAUAUAUAUAAUAUAAAAGUAAAAUAGUGAAGAAAGUCCUACAAUUUCGUUUUUCCCUAUUCUUUGGAAAAUUAGUUUCUCUCUCGACCUAUACGUACAAACAUUCACAAUGAAUGUACCUUACAUAUCUCCAUACUAUCUAUAUGCUCAGUUAGUUAUAAUUUCGUUGUAAAGAUUAUACUUUAUAUUCAAUUCAUUGCAAAUUUAAGUUUAUAACAGUAGUAAUAAUAAUACUAAUAGUAGUAGUAAUAAUAAUGGUAAUCAAACGUUGAGUUUUUUUUUUGGUUAUUGACCAGUAUUACUUCUUUGUGUUCCCUUUUUUUUCAUACAUUUCAAAUUUGUUUCAUUCCCCGUACAUUUUAUUCAUGAAUACUGAAUACUUUUAAGUAAUCAGAAGCGGUGAAUGUGGAAAAAAAGACUUAUGAAAAAAGUAAUAUGAAAGACAAGAACAAGAUAAAGACGAAGAUGAACUGGAAUGCUUCUAUCCUAAUCGAAUUUAGCAUGAAAAGAAAAAGGAAAUCAUGGAAGCAUUCCAAUAGUAAUACAUAAAUUUUAACUUGAUAAUCAGAUGAAUACAUUACUAAUAUUGGUUUUUAUAUGAAAACAAUGUUAGUAAUCAAUUUAGUCAUACUAAAGUGUUAUUUCAAUCAGUUUACCGCUUCUAAUUGUACUUCUCAAAAUGAAUUUUGAUGUUCAUUUCAAUAAAAUAUGUUUAAAUAAAAGAAAUGUAUAUG